AUGUCACGAGCACUUGAUAAGAGUGUAAAAGAAGCUCUCAAGCAUGGUGACCACCAUCAAGUGUUUCUAGAUAUAUCGGAUGUUCUCACAGAAUCAUCAGAUCAACUUCUCGAGAUCGAGUUACUUGGCAAAAGCCAUGUGCUAGAUCCAGACUCAACAGUACUCCGAGAUGAGAAUGCUGUUGCCAUUCUGAAGUUGCGCAUAGUUCAAGCUUUUAUAGUUGCACAGAAACUUCACAAGAAGUUCCUAGUCGAGUAUCAGAAUGUCUCGAUAGACCAGGUUUUGAGAUCAACAGCGGUUAUGCUGUUGAUGGACCCGGAGCACUUGACGGCUGCCAACACCAGAAAGAGGCUUAUCACAAACAAGUUAAAAGACAAGAGCGUCGAAGAAAUAUUGCGUUCCGAGAAACACUUGCUGGACAGUCUACUAACCAGUCGUCUCCAUCGGCAUACCAAAUCACCGACAUUAUGGAACCAUCGUCGCUGGCUUAUGGAACAAUAUCGUCUUCACAACAAAGACGUUCCGGUGGAGGAUGACAUCUCGAGAAUCAUCAUGGUAUCUGGCGAACGACAUCCCCGAAACUACUACGCUUGGUGUCACGCAAGAUACCUGACCAGCGCAUUCGUCUUACCAUCAUCAAAGGCCAAAUAUGCUCUGUCUCGAAUAAUUAACUCAACGCAAAAGUGGUGUUUCUCGCACCACAACGACAUAUCAGGCUGGCAGUUCUUGAUAUUCUUGCUCCACAAGCAUCCUUCCGAAACAUGGAUCGUCUUUCGCGAAACAUUGAAGCUUGCGAGCUCGUUCAAGUGGCGCAAUGAGUCUGUCUGGUAUUUCCUCCGAUAUAUCGCUGCCUGGGGAGGCACGACUACCGACAUGAUGGAAUUUGAAAAUGUUCGGAGGGCGUUAUUGGAGAGUGCUGCUGAAGACGAGGCUGGGAAACGCACACUUAAAAGAGCGCAACAGUGGUUGGAGGUUGUUGAUGGAUUCUAA